AUGGGUGGGCCCUGGAAACAACGGCAUACAGUCUCAAAUUGUGACUAUGACGAUACUGGGCCGGGUCCAGAUGUCGGGACCAUGGUCCCGAACAUUGAUUCUGAAUUCCACAUCAACCUCGCUUUCGCGCAGACAUUCUCGGCUAUCUAUGAGUACACAUCUGCUCGGGUCAUCAUUCGUCACAACCUUGCGAUUGCUGGGCCUACGCCAAUGCGCAAGAUUGUAUGGGCUAUGAUGCUGCAACAGCCCAGGCCCGCCAUCGGCAAGCUUCCUACCGUGAAUACUCCGAAGAAAGAGAACAUGAUAAACACGAUAGCGGCAGGCACUUGCGGCUCAACCGGUCUGGCAAGGCGCCACCUCUACACCACCACCCGCGCCCGCAUGUCCCGCGUCCACCUGCAAGACGAGCUCCUGGAGUCCCCCGAUCGUAUCAGCGUGCAGACGCGAUACGCAGAGGUUCCGUAUGCGCUGCCGCCAGAGCGAUUCCAGGACCCCGAGCCGCUGCCAUCGAGCUAUCGAUACGAGGAUAAGGAGUACAUCCUUGAAAGCAGCUAUGGUGCGCAACCGAAUAACGAUGGCCAGGCCGCUGGCUCGCCUUUCGAGGACAAAGUCGGAUUAGGGCAGCCGACAGAGAAUCCGCUCUUCGCAAAUAUCGUGUCACCGCCCGAUUCCACACCAGAGUCGAAGCACCCCGUCAAAAUCUACAUACACGGAGGGUUCUUGCAAUUUGGCUCGCCGCAUGGCCUGAAAGGCCAGGCGCAGUAUGUGUCAGCGGAACGCUCCGAGGUCUGGGUCAAUAUCGGGUACCGCUUAUCAGCCUUCGGCUUCCUUGCCUGCGACGAACCGCGGGUGGCCGGUAACUUUGGUUUCAAGGACCAGUGGCUCGCAUUGCUGUGGGUUCGCGAUAAUAUUGAGCAAUUCGGAGGCGAUCCAAGCAAUAUUCAGAUCACUGGUUUAUCUGCAGGGGCGCAUUCGGUGCACCAGCUGCUGCACCACGCUUCCCACCUUCCUGAAGGCGAGAGUGCACCUUUUCAAUCUGCAGUGCUGCAAUCCAACGCUAUCCUGACGGUGCCAAAGACGCCGCGGGAGCUGCGUCCCCAGUUCCAAGCCCUUUGCCAUGCCCUCGGUCUAGAGUCGAGUUCACCCGAUAUAUUGACAACCCUCCGCGAUUCGUCCAGGCUUCCUGCUUCCAAGAUCACGCACGUCAUUGAGACGGAUGCCUUGGGGGUGGAACACGGCACCUUCCGUGGAUGCCUUGACGAUUCAUGGUUACCCACGACGCCAGAUCCUAUGAUCUGGCAGCGCUCUGGCGACUUCGUAUCACAAGGCGACGCAGGGAGCAGUUGCACAGAACUAGCACUGAAGGACUGA